CCUACUAGUAGUAUAGGGAGAAGUCUUUGGCGCGAAAUCUCACAAUCUCACCCUAUGCUAGUUACUUCUGUCUAACUAUUACCGAGGUCUCGAGCCAUUACCACUCGCUAGUGACUAGAUUCCCCACCAAGGCAUGCAGGACUGGCCAGCUCAAAAUCAGCAGCAGCUCAAACCAAAGUGAAGAGGCUUUCGCCAUGGCGGCUAAGAACGUGAUAGCUCAGCUGACAGACGCCGAAGGGAAGCCCCUGGGCACGCAGCUUGACCUGCCAGUUGAUGCUGGGCCACCUCAGCUCGAAGCGCUGCUCAACCAAUUGCUGCAGAACGAUGAGGCGUUACCAUAUGCAUUCUACAUUGACAACAAUGAGCUUCAGACGCAGCUGGGGCAGCAUUUGACAGACCACAAGGUGUCAGUAGAAACUGUGCUGCAGAUAGUGUAUCAGCCCCAGGCUGUGUUCAGGAUACACCCCGUCACCCGCUGCACUGCCACAAUUCCCGGCCACGCGGAGGCCGUCCUGAGCACCGCGUUCAGCCCCGACGGGCAGCACCUCGCGAGCGGCUCCGGCGACACCACCGUGCGCUUCUGGGACCUCCACACGCAGACCCCCCUCUUCACAUGCUCCGGACACAAAAACUGGGUCCUCUGCAUCGCGUGGGCCCCCGACGGGACGCAGCUCGCGAGCGGGGGGAUGGACGGGGACCUCUGGCUGUGGGAUCCCCGGACCGGGAAAGCGGUUGCGGGGCCGCUGAAAGGGCAUAAAAAGUGGAUAACUAGUCUGGCGUGGGAACCGGCGCACCUGGCGGCCCCGUGCCGGAGGGUCGCGAGCGCGAGCAAGGACGCGGGGGUGCGGGUGUGGGACACGCAGACGAAGCGGUGUACGAUGGUCCUGGCGCAGCACGCGCUGGCGGUGAGCUGCGUCAAGUGGGGGGGGGACGGGCUGAUCUACUCCAGCUCGCGCGACUGUUCAAUCAACGUGUGGGAGACGACGACGGGCAAGCUGAUUCGGCAGCUGAAAGGCCACGGCCACUGGGUGAAUACGCUCGCGCUCAGCUCCGAGUACGUCCUCCGGUCCGGACCGUUCGACCACACGGGGGCCAAGCCCAGCUCUCCGGAAGAGUGCAAAGAGAAGGCGCUUGCGAGGUACACUGCCGUUACAGGCGCCUCCCCCGAGCGCCUCGUCUCCGGCUCCGACGACUUCACGCUCUUCCUGUGGGAACCGGGCGUCAGCAAGGCGCCAAAAGCGCGCAUGACCGGCCAUCAACAGCUGAUCAAUCAGUCCGUCAAGCUGUGGGACGGCUUCUCUGGCGCGUUCGUGGCGACAUUCCGGAGCCACGUGGGCCCCGUGUACCAGAUCGCGUGGUCGUCCGACAGCCGCAUGCUGGUGUCCGGAAGUAAAGACAGUACGCUCAAAGUGUGGGACAUGCGUACGCGGAAAUUGAAAGAAGAUCUGCCCGGACAUGCGGACGAAGUAUACGCGGUGGACUGGAGUCCGAACGGACAAAAAGUGGCGUCCGGCGGCAAGGACAAGGUGCUCAAGCUGUGGAUGCACUGACCGGAUGCGCCGCGCGGGACCGAAUGACGGAAGGAAGUACCGGAAACGGAGCGACGGAAGUCAAAAAGCAGUGCAUCUCAGAAGGUCCCGGGCGCGAACGAAUAGCAAUUACGUACAAAUUGCAGGUUAGAUUUUGCACAUCUGGCGAUCUGUAAUCAAGGACAACGUCGGGUCAAAUACUGAUUCAGCGCAGCGGUAAUCAAAAAGCUCCGGUUCGCUCAUCGUGCUUGCAGCAAGGAAGUGCUCUCGAGGUCUGAAAGCUCGGUGUUUCGACUUCCGUGAUCCUUGGUCCCACUAGACGGCCAAUGCAUGCUUUUCGGCAUAUAUAAACUGCAGUACUGCAUAUUCUUA